ACAUCGAAGACUCGUCAACGCAACUCGGCGCCGCGACGGCACAUCCAAAAAUGGCGUUCUUCGCAUAGCAUAACUCGUCGUCGUCGUUGUCGUCGCCGACAUUCGACAAUACCGUCACAAUCCGCUCGGUGGAGCUUGAGCGAUCAGCCUGAUAGAGCAGGAGGGCGCGCCAAGUCCAACGAACGCGAGAAUGCAGUCGACCGAGCAGCUGCGACCGGAGCAACUCGUGGGCUUGGUGGCCCGCUCGGCCGAGGGCACGGCUGCCAAGGGCAUGCCGAUCAAGGGCCACGAGGAUCUCUGGGUGGAAAUCCAGGCCAACACCUUUCGGAACUGGGUGAACGAGCAUCUGAAACACGCCGACGAUGCGGGCGGUGGUCCUGUGCUGGAUCUUGCCGAGGAUUUCCGGGACGGCACGCGCCUUUGCGCCCUGGUUGAAGUCCUCACGCAACGCCGCCUACCGCGAUGGAACCCGCGUCCAGCGAACCAACACCACCACCUGGAGAACGUAUCCACGGCACUGCAGGCGAUCGAAGCCGAUGGCGUUAAGCUUGUCAAUAUUGGUAACGUGGAUAUCGUGAACGGCAACUUGAAGCUGAUCUUAGGUUUGAUAUGGUCGCUCAUCGUGCGAUAUCAAAUAGGGAAGUCCAAGUUCCCGCCGAGGAAACUCAUGCUUGCAUGGCUCAAGGCUGUUUUACCGGAAUGCAGAGUUAAUAAUUUCACGACCGACUGGAACUCCGGCGUGUACUUGAGCGCGCUUUUGGAUUACUGCAAGCCUGGUCUGUUUCCUCAUUGGCGGCAGCUCGAUCCAAAUGACAGUGUUUACAAUUGUCGGAAGGCCAUGGAGAUAUCGAAACGAGAAUUUGACAUUCCCAUGGUGUUGGAGCCAGAGUACCUGGCAUCGCCGUAUCUGGACGAGCUCUCGGGGAUGACCUACUUGUCGUAUUUCAUGAAAGAAGGCUCGCCGGGCUUCCACGCAACGCUACGAUGGGUCAAUUCGCAAUUAUCGCACACCUCGAUACGGAACUUCACGACGGACUGGAACGACGGUAGAGUUCUGUGUGGAAUUGUCAGAAAUCUGGGCGGUCCGGCGCCGACCUACGAGAAACUCGAUACGGACCCGUCCGCGUGGGAGCAGAAUUUGCAAAUGGGUAUCGAUGGCGGCAAGAAAUUGGGUGUAGAGCCGAUUUUAAAAGUAAAAGAUAUGGCCGACCAGAAUGUGGAGCAUCUAGGCGUGAUGGCGUACGCGGCGUACUUUCAGUGGGUGAAGCCUCGCCCUCAAGCAAGCCAACAGAUUGCUGUGCAUAUCGACAGUACAUCCGCCCGAGUGCAACAGCCGGCGCACUUUAAACUGGAGAUGCUGACCAAAGAUGUAAAUCCGAGAGAGGUACGCGGCGAGAUCAUUGGUCCCAGCGGACGCGUAGAGUGCAGGCUAACGUGGAACGGAGUUCACGGCAAAGGCACUUUCGUACCUACGGAAGUCGGUAUGCAUAAGCUAAUGGUGUACAAUGAUGGCGAACUGGUGAGCGGAUGUCCCUAUUAUUUCAGGGUUUUGCCACCUUUGACAAAAAUCAAAUCCCCGGGCAUGGAUCCUUGCGCCAUAGGAUCUAUCGUCGAGGUUCUAGUCAACAGUUACGGAACUAGUCAUGAUGGUAUUGAUGUGACUGCGUGGUCUCCAACCGGCAGAUCGUUGCCGUGUCCCGUCAAAGAAAAGGACGGUGUGCAUACGGCGACCUUCCAGCCCGAUGAGACUGGAGAGUGGAGCAUCGCGAUAACGCACAAGGGAAAUCACAUACAAGGCGGUCCUUUCACCUGCUUUGUGUUCGAUCCUAAUGGAAUCAAGCUCUUGGAUACCGACGGUGCCAUGCCCGGGCAAUCUUUCUCCUUCAUCGUGGACGCCCGAGGGACAGGCGGGCUCGGUGAUGUGAUUAUCGACAUUGUCCACGACAAGCAAUCGAUGCUAUACAGAAUGGAAGACUUUGGCCACAUGCAGUACCGAGUAUCUUUUGUGCCCGGCGACGCUGGCAAGUAUCGGGUGUACGUAUACUUGAACGGAUCGGACGUACGCGGCUCGCCGUUCUCGAUACGCGUAGGCACGCAGAAGGGUUCUCGGAGAUCGAAGGAAUCUACAUCCAGUCUCGAGCGAUCCAAGGUGUCGUCGUUGGAGCGGCGAAUGAACGGGCUGAAUGUGUCUGCGACGGAGCGGAUCAGUCCGACUCAGAAAAUGUACACGUCCACCGCGUAUAAAUCCAUCAGCCCAACGCAACGCGGUUAUUCGCCCGUCCAUCAAACCAGUCCGACCUACAAAAUGUCCAGCAAUUAUGUCACUGAGAAUUCUACGACCUACAGCACCAGUUCGCUAAAUCGCACUCGUUCACCGAAUCAUAUCAAUCACAGCCCGGUGCAGAGAAAUGUACACAGCCCAUCGGUGUUGAAGGAGACGAAGGAGAUUUAUAGCAGCGGCGCGUACAACCAUCACUCGAGAUCGCCAAACCUGCAGAGCCCGAGUUUUAUCAAGGAAUCUAAAGACAUUUACUCGUCUAGUACAUUAAACAGAUCGCGGUCACCGGACCUAAGCCCAACCGCGCACGUUAUCAAGGAGUCCAAGGACAUUUACAACUCGGGUUCUCUGAAGAGAUCGCGCUCGCCGACUCGCAGUCCGAUGGCGUACAGCAGCGCUACGCAGAGCCCCGUAAAUCGCAGUUUUAGCCCGCGGAACGGCGACAGGGACGCGUCCUUCAAUCGGCGCGGAUCCACGGAUAACGGCGUCGUAGACACAAGCAGCAACGUGCGGGUGUCGUCGAUGGUAGGCGGCGCUUCUAGGCGCGAUUCCUGGGACGCGAUUGCCAAAACGAAAUCGCUGCUAUCGUACGGUAGCCUGGAAUCUCUCGCGAACCUGACAAACAACUCACCGACUACGGAGAAUCGCGUCGGUAGUCCGAACAACUUUCUAAACAACAAUUACAAGAACGCGCAGACUUAUUCCGCCAAGAAUAUGUCAUCGCACAUCGCGACGACGAGCUACUCGUCCGUGCAAAAAUCCUCCCCAAGUCCUGAUUACGGAUCGAAAUUCGGUAACGACAGUCAGACGACCGCUCGUACACAUGGCAUCUUGAAGAAUAAGAACAAUUACUACAGCAAGAGCGUAGACACGACGGACGGCACUGUGACGCACGACAAAUAUCUCAACAACGGCGGUACCGUUUACGUGUCCGCAUCGUCCGGCAAGAAUGGCAGCUCGGUCGUCGCCACCGGAAGCGCGUUGGAAACGCUGCCGGUGCAUCGGCCGACCACUUUCAGCGUCAAUUCCGGAUCCAGCGUCGAUCCCAAUAAGGUGUCCGUCACCGUUACAGGUCCCAGUGGCAAGACUGUGUCGGUACAGAAGUCAAAACUACGAGGUCUCACAUACACAAUCACCGCCGAAGAAAUCGGCGAACAUGUCAUCCAGAUUCUAGUAAACGGCCAGCACAUCAAGGGAUCGCCCUUCAAAUCGCAGGCGUACAAUGCCCGGGUAAUACAAGUUGGAAAUAUUCCGAACGGAGUUGUCAAUCAGCCGGUAGAAUUUGAAAUCGAUGGAUCGAGAGCCGGCUCGGGAAACUUGGAGAUUCUCGUAAACGGAGGACAUGUUACAAGUUUCGUGAGAGCGCUAGGCAGUCAGCGUUUUUUAGCGUCGUUCGUGCCACACGAAGCAGUUACGCACUUGGUCGAAAUGACGUUCAACGGGGAAGUCAUCCCUGGGUCACCUUGGCGAGUUGGCAUCAUGCCUGCACCGAAAAUGUCAGUGAUCGGUGAUUCCAUCAGGUUAGUGCCUGCUGGUAGUCCCGCCCUCUUCGAGCUGUCCGCAUUAGGUUUUAGCAGCAGUGAGAUUGAUGUCCAAAUAAUAACACCUUCGAAGAGGCAUAUUCCUGCGAGAAUUGAGGAGGAGCCAGGACGAUCCGGUGAAUUUCGCGUUGAGUUCACCCCGACUGAAGUGGGCAGUCACCUUGUGGAAGUGAGCAUCGCGGGACAGAAGCUACCGGCGGGACCUCUCGUCGCCAAGGUGUACAACAGUAGUCUGAUCCAAGUUACUGACGUACCUAGCGCCGUAGUUGGUCAUGCCUGUCAAUUCAGAGUGGAUGCCAGCGCUGCUGGAGAAGGCCAGUUGGAAAUCUCCAUAAACGAGGGAGAAGUGCCUAAUCAUGUUCAAGUAGUUGGUGGUGGUCGUUGCCUCGUAUCCUUCACCCCCGAAAUUGCCAAGCCUCAUUAUAUCGACAUAAAGUUUAACGGAGAAGCAGUACGCGGAUGUCCUUUCAUCUGCAACGUAUCGGACACGAGCAGAGUUACACUGAGUUUGAAUCAUUUAGAAUUAAUUCCCGUCGAUCAGCCUGCCAGCUUUCACAUGGGAGUCGAUGGAAGCGGCAGCGCGGAACUCGCGGUUUCCGUACGGGGACCGAACAGUGAAUUGCCAGUUAAAGUUACUGGCGACAUAACUAGCGGUUUCACCGCGGAGUUUAUACCGAGGGACGUGGGUGUACAUUCGAUUAGUGUAGAAUACAACGGCUACCCCGUGAAUGGCACGCCGUUCUUAGCUAAAGCGUUUAACGCGGACAAAGUACUAAUUGGACCUGUAGCUAGAGGCAGUGUCGGUCAACCAACCCAUUUCACUGUCGAUGCAAGUCAAGCUGGUGAAGGAAAUCUGGAGAUUACGAUAUCGGCUCGCGGCCAAAAUAUUCCCACGCAAGUGACGCCGCAAGGAAACGCGCGGUUCUCCGUCAGCUUCGUACCGUUUGAGGCGUGCGAGCACGUUAUCAAUAUAGCUUUUAAUAAGAAAACUGUGCCAGGAUGCCCUAUAGUGACGCGAGUGGGGGGCGACAGUCAUGUAACUGUGAGUGGACAGGCGUUAAGCAGCGCUGGAUUAGGACGGCAAAGCUAUCUGACUGUCAGUAACGUUGCCGGUAGCUUGGAGGAUUUAGAAGUUAAUGUUGAAGGACCCAAUGGACAGGCCGUACCUGCUCAGGUCACUGACAACAAAGAUACAACGUGCAGCGUGGCGUUUACACCGAGAGUCGUCGGCGAACACCGGAUAUCAGUGAGCCACCGGAAUAUCCCGGUGGUCGGCAGUCCGUUCAGCUGCAAGGUGUACGAUGUUGCCGCGAUAAAAGUGAAGGACGCCAAGCGAGGUGUCAUCGGGUUGCCCGUAACAUUCUUGGUUGAGACUAGUCAGGCGGGACCAGGAAAUCUAGAAGUCACCGUAAAUGGUGGACGUGUGCCGACGUCGGCUCAGGCGCAGGGUCCUCACACUUACGCGAUUUCGUUUACACCUCGCGAACCGAUCGCGCACACUGUGGAUUUGCGAUUCAACGGGGAAGACGUACCUGGCAGCCCAUUCAGCUGUCAGGUGAGCGAUACGGCAAAAGUGCUAAUAACCGAGGGACUCGAGAAAGUUUCUGUGAAUCGGGUCGCGACCUUUACAAUAGAGGCUGAUGCAUCCCUCGGCACACCCGCCGUCGAGGUGCUCUCUCCCACUAGAGAGAGUUUAUCUGUACACAUGAAGCAGAACAGUCAUGGCACAUACACCGUUGGAUUCACUCCAAAGGACGUUGGCGAUCACAGCGUGGAAGUGAAGCUCGGUGGAUCGCAUGUGGAGGGCAGUCCGUUUCUCGUCAAGGCUUACAAUGCUGAUAAAGUCAAGGUGACGGAUAUAAAUAGCGGAGUCGUCGGGAAACCGGUUUUCUUUAGCAUCAACGCUAGUCAGGCUGGGGCUGGAAAUCUGGAAAUCAUAGUCGCGGUGAACGGCAAGAACGUUCCAAAUUACGUGCAAAGUGAGGGCAAUGCAAAGUUCAGAGUCAACUUUAAGCCGCAAGAAGCUGCUGUACAUAGCCUUAGCGUUCGUUUCAACGGAGAGCCAGUGCCAGGUUCGCCGUUCAGCUGUAAGGUGGUAGGCGCCGGUCAAGCGACCAUUUCCGGUCACAAUCUAAAAAUGGGUGCUGUGAAGCGACUGAUAUCCUUCACCGUAGAUCCGCAGACUGCAUCGACGAAUUGCGACGUUAUUGCGACGCCACCGUCGAGCAUCGCUCUGCCUAUCACCAUCGAGCCUAUUGACGGCAAGUACAACGUGAGCCUUGUGCCCACUGAAGUCGGCAGACACAACAUCAGCGUCCUGGUGGACGGCGAAUCGAUCAAAGGUUCUCCUUUCGCUUGCAAUAUUUACGAUGUGACCAAGGUACAUGUGUCUGGCCUCACAGAGGCAUUACUGGGCCAAGCGACCACGUUUACCGUCGAUGCCGCGGAAGCCGGCGAGGGAACGCUGGAAUUGGUAGUGAGCACUGAAAACAACACUGUUAAAGCCGAGGUCGUGGCCUGUGCUCGAGGAUUGUACGAUGUCACGUUCGUGCCACAGACGACGAGUGCGCAUUACGUUAAUAUCAGUUUCAACGAUGAUAACGUGCCAGGGAGUCCAUUUAAAUGCCCCGUCGUUAGCGGCAUGUUACACGGUCCAUCGAUGGUUCGAAUUGGCAACACGGCUUACAUAGAUCUGGACAUGUCCGACUUGAAUGGUCCUGUCGCCGCAGAAGUUACCGGCCCGGACGGAAUCAUUAUUCCGUGUACAUUGACGAAAUUAUCGUCCACUUUAUAUCGCGUGGAAGUUCGAACGCGACAAGUAGGAACGUAUAGCAUAAUAUUUAACGACGGACACAGGAUGGUCAGUUCGCAAACACUUCAAGCUUUCGAUCCCGGCAAGGUGUCCAUCAAGGAAAUAGCGGAUGUGGUUUGUCAUCGACCUGGAACUAUUUUAGUUGUUGCAUCGAAGGAAGCUGGUCCCGGAAAGUUGUCGGUGAACGUGCGAGCUGGUGGUGCGGAUGUCGACAGUUUAGUGAGAGAAGCGGACAACGGUGUCUACGAGAUUGUAUUUCAUCCAACACGCGCCGCGCCUCACAAAGUUCACGUAAAAUACAACCAAGUCCAUAUUCCUGGAAGCCCGUUGGAUGUGACUGUACGCGGUCCUACGGGAGGACGAGAAGUGACAGCGACGGGAUUGGGUUUGUACCAAUCGUGCAUCGGAAAAGUGACAUCCUUCACGAUCGAGACACUUGGACGUCCCGGCAAGGAAUUCGAUGUCGUUAUCAGUGGUCCGCAGGGUAACGCCGUACCCGUACGUUGUUAUCAACAUCGCGAUGGCAAUUUGCUUGCUGAAUUCACGACAAAUAGCGUUGGUACAUAUAAAAUCGACGUGUUGCACGGAGCGAAAUCGGUGCUAGGCUCACCAUUCUUCUGCCAAGCCUUCGAUGCUGCCAAGGUGAAGCUUCAGGAGUUGGGUCCCAUGACGAUUUCAGUUCACGAUCACAUCGCAUUCAAACUGAUGAAAGCUGACGCUGGCAUGGCUGAUCUGGACGUGACUGCGACGAGUCCCUCAGGUCAGGAGAUCCCUCUGCAAGUCACUCCGCUUAACGAUGGUGCUGAAAUGAUCGAGUUCUCGCCCAGCGUGCCUGGCACUUACAUGAUCAACGUUACAUACGGCGGAUGCUCUGUGCCUGGAAGCCCAGUGGCAUGCACCGUCGAUGCGGCCGGACAGGCUCGCGCGAAAGGCGAAGGAUUGCUGAAUGGUCAUGUGGGUAAACCGGCGCACUUUAUCGUCACCGGUACGAGAAGUCCUCCGGCAGUUCAGGUGGAUGGACCGGACAGCGUUUCUAAAGCUACCAUCGAAGCGGGUGCUAAUCCAGGUACGUGGAACGUGUCUUACGUACCGACUGAAGUUGGAGUGUUCGACAUAAGAGUGGUUUCCGCCGGGCAACAGCUGCCGGGAUCUCCGUGGCAUCCAAAGAUCAUCGACACGCGGAAUCUUCGCGUUAUAGGUGGUUGGUCCGCUGUAUGCGACGAUAUCGGUCGGUUGAAACUGCAUCCUUCGAACAAAGUAAGCUUCGACACCGCGGAAGCUGGACCCGGCGAGAUCAACGGAACUAUCGGCGAUUAUCCCCUCGCCUUCGAAAUGACAUCCAGCAACAGGCUAAAACUCGUUCCGCCGCAGAUUAGCAGCGGCGAGCAUCGUCUGGAGAUACUGUUCAACGGUACACCGUUUCCCGGUGCACCAAAGCUUGCGAUCGUGCAAGACUUGGAGCUACCGAUGCAGGAUACAAGUCGCGUGUUACUGAAGGGACGAGGAUUAACGUCGGCCAAAUGUGGCGAGGAAGUCAGUUUCACCAUAGACGGUUCUCAAGCCGGUAGCGGGACCCCGAAAGUGCAGCUAUUUUCACCUACCAGCGAACUAAAUGUUAUGUUGCAACAUUUGGGCGACAGCGUUUAUCGCGCAAGCUAUAUACCGCUAACGCCGGAUCCACUCUUGAUGACGGUAUCGUGGAACGGAAGGCAAUUGAAAGGCUGCCCUCUGCAAAUUAACGUUACCAGCGCGGCCGACGCGUCGAGGGUGAUCUGUUCGGGAGAUGGAUUAAAAUACGGUGUCGUCGGGCAAGAGAUCCGAAGCUUCAUCGAUACGAGAAGAGCUGGACCAGGUGAAUUAACGGCGCAUUGUGUUGGGCCGCACAAAGUUGCGUAUUGCGAGUUGUACGAUCACGGCGAUGCCACAUUUACAUUGAAUGUGAAGCCUCAGGAAGCGGGACGGCAUGCAUUGACGAUUAAAUACGCUGGAGAACAUGUCCCUGGUUCUCCGUUUACGUUGCGUGUUUCCGGAGCCCCAGACGCCUCAAAGGUUCGCGUUUACGGACCUGGAAUCGAACAUGGUGUACUGGCGACCUUUCAGUCGCGGUUUAUAUGCGACACGCGAGGCGCUGGCGCUGGUCAGCUUACAGUGAGAGUACGCGGCCCUAAAGGUGCAUUUAGGGUGGAAAUGCAACGAGAGACUCAAAAAGAUCGCAUCAUUCUCUGCCGGUACGAUCCGACGGAGCCUGGGGAUUACAGAGUGGAGGUUCGUUGGGCUGGUGUCUUGGUGCCAGGAUCACCGUUCCCCGUUAAAAUUGUCGACACACAAGACGAAUUACUAAUGCUCACACAGGGCGGAGAUAAUUAUUCAACAGGCCAUCAUACUAUCACAUCGUGGCGUGGAUCGCAAGCUAUAUUAUAGAAACGCCGCGGCUAACAUUGUUAUUUUGUAUGGACUAAUAUAUUUGAUAAUAUAUGGUAAUUAUUGUAACUUAUGCAAACGUUUUCAAUAAACUCAACAUUCCAA